AUGUUGCCUAGGGUCGGAAGAGCUAAAACAUCAUUGAGAACUCCUAGGAGAAUCAAUAAUAAAGAUGACCCGACAAUUGUGCCUGCUGUUGUAGGUAAAAAGGCAACAAUUCCUCAAAAUCAAAAUGCAAAAUACGUUAAGGUUGUUCCAAAAAGGAAAAUACCAGAUAAUCCGAAUGUAAAACGCAUAGAAGAUUUUAAAAUUGACUGUGAAAAAGUAAUUAAGUUAUCAAUAAAUUUUAUUGAUUCAAAUUCAGCUACUCCUGAAAUUUCACAAGCAAUACUAGUUCCAUUAGCAAAAUUUCAAAACACUUUGCCAAUUUAUUACGAGUCAACGCACAAAUUUUUCGAAACAUUUGCAAAACUUCAAUCUAUUACUCAAACAACACAAAUUGUAUCAAUUCAAUCAAUCAGAACUCCUGUUUUAAACUUCACCAAAGCAUGGGAAAGAUUUGUUGUUGCAUUCAAUAAAAUGAAAAACGGAGAUAACAUUCCUCAUGCGCAUCUUGUGAUAUCUAAGUUCGACCAAAUAAAAAUGACUCUUGAUUUUAUCGAUAAAAGCAACAAUGAUAGAAAAUAUCCAAAUUCAAAUGUGACAAAUUGUACUAGAUCUCUUAAACUUCUCUGUGACAACAUUUCUGGUAAAGUUGUGGACUUGUUUAGACAACCUAUAUUUCCUUUUUUCGAAGAAGACGUUUACAUUUCAUAUAAAUCAACAAUAAAAAGUUUUGUCCAUUUGAUAAAUGAAGCUUUUAUGAAUGAACUUCCACAGAGCAGAAUGACAGCUGUUGAUCUCAAUCGCCACAAGCAAAGCAUAGUGUUAGACUGCAGUGAUAUCAUUAAGUCACUAAGAACUUCAUUCGAUUAUCCAACAACUAUAAAAGAAAUAAGUGAAAUUAUUGAUUCAAUUGAAAUUCAGCGGAAAAUAAUUGACGAACAAUUCAAUUUUCCAAACAAUGUUGUUCAUCCGAUGCUUCAAGAAGAAGAACAAACUCAAGAAACUGAAAAACAAAAUGAGCAAAAUUCUGAGCCAGAAACUGUAAAAGAAAACGAAAAGGAAGUCAUAAAUGAAGAAGAAAACGAUUUGUCACAAAAAGAACAAGAAGAAUUUACAAUUGAAGAAAGAGAUGUUUUACAUAAUUCUCCUGUUCUUAGUGUUAAAAGUGAAGUUGAAAUUGUUAACAAUAAAACUCCAACAUUUGAUGAGAAAAUCAUGAGAUCCAUCUUCAAGAAAAUCGAAGCAGAAUAUAGAGAAGAAGAAACGAUUGAUGAAAUGCUCACAAUUAUUGAAAUGAAUCUUGAUGGAUUAAUCGAACGAAAUUCUGUAAUUUCAGAUGAAAAUAAAUUGUUUGCUAAGAAAAUCGAGAAACUUGAGAACGAAUUAAAUGAAUUAAAAGUUCUUUAUAAUGACAAAUCAAAGAUUAUGAGUGAAGAAGCGAAAACAAAAAUAGAUAACGAACAAAAAAUGACAAAAGAAUUGAAAGACCUGAGAAAUAAUGAGGACGAAUUAAAUAGGAAAAUCUUUAUUUUGGAGACAAAAUUAUCUCAAGCUUCAAAGAAUGAUGAUGCUAUUUAUUUAAGAGAAUCAAUGAUGAGAAUUGCGAAAAAGGUUUCUGAUUAUUUUAAAACAACUUUUGAUUCUCAAAAAUUUAUUGGCAAAAAAGAUUCAAAAGAUGGAGAUUUGGUAAAUUAUAUACUAAAGUUCUUUGACAAAGACUGUCAAGAAUGUAAAAGGAAGAGUGACGAAUUAGACAAAAUUAAGAAAGAAUUAAAUGUUAUUUUAAGCAGCGAAAAUGCAGAAGAAAUAGAGAUUUGUAUUAAAUUUAUUAAAGAAAAAUUGAAAGAUUACGAAGAGAUGGAAAAUAUUCUCACUAAUGAGAUCAAUUCAAUGACAGAUUCAUUGGAAAUGAUCUUGAAAUUCAAUGGGAAAAUCAAUGAACCAUUCGAGUUGACAUCACAAAACGCAGUUAUUGGAAAGAUCCAGAAAAGAAUGAAAGAACUCAUGGAUGAUAACCAAAAUCUCAAUGAUACCAUUGAUUCAUUCCUUUGCGAGAUUGUUUUGAUGUUCCCUCGUGAUACUCCUCUUUCCAGACAAAAGAGGAUGGAUUUCAUCAGAGAAAUAAUAAGUGAAAUGAAAACAAAUAUUGAUAAAAAGAAAGAAAAGAUUAAAAGCAAGAAAGGUAAAAUAGAAAAACUGAAGACAAAAAUAUCUGUUUUAUCAUCAUUUAUUUCGAAAUAUUUCAAUCUUUCUAAACCAAAAGAAAUCAUUGCUAAAAUAAACGAAGGCAUAAAUCCAAUUGAAGAAAUGAUCGAAAGAUAUGAAAAUCAAAUGGAUGAAAUCGUUUCUCAAUCGAAAGGAAUCUGUGCUAGAAUUCUUGGUUUAGUUAAUUUAGACUUUUCUCCAGAAUUACCAAUCGAUAUGUUGAUCUCAACGACAAAUGGUGUUUGUGAUUCUUUGCAAGAUGACCGCAAAAAAAUCAUCAAAGAAAGGAAAGAAAGUGUUGAAGAAAUGAAAAAUAUUAGAAAUUGUUUAUGUUUCUGUGAUUUACAUUUAAGAGAUCACGUUAAAUAUUUGCCUGCAGAUGUUGAUUUGCUAACAAAUGACCAACUCAUAAGGAGAGUUCAAGAAAUGGUCAUUAAAAUUGAUAAUUUAGAAUAUUCUGGACGAUUCAUACAGAAAAGCCAAAUAGAAUCUGCGAUUGUAGAUGUUAUGAAAGUUUUAGGAAUUCCAAAGAGUGGAAAUCUCAUUAGCAUACUUAAUACAAUUUCUAAUCGAUGCAUUGUUCUUGAAAACACAUCAAAAGCAUGUGUUUCUAUUAGUAUUAAUUGCUCUGGAUUUGAUUUCAGCAAAAUUAGUGAACUUCAUCAUUCGAUCAAAGUUAUUGAUAGAGAAAAUGUUGAUAAAUCUAUCAUGUUAUGUAUUGAUAAACUUGUUUCAAUCAUUGACAUGUCAUCAACUCAAACUGUUUGCAAAGCUCUUGGUAUAUCAACUUAA